AUGCGUAGAGCCAGGGUAAUUGCGGCGAUGGUAGCGGCAACCGUAGACACCAACGGAUCUGGACCAGCAGCUGCUGUGAAAGAGAUCAGGUUUCGCAAUGUCAGAAAGAUAACGUGGGGCAGAUUUUCGGCGGAGACCAGAGGCCCCAGGAAGAAAACUAAGGUUUGGCUCAGCACCUUUGACUCCACCGAGGACGCGGCUCGAGCCUAUGACGCCGCCGCUCUCUCCUUCUCUCCCAUCCCUCCUUACUCUCUUCUCCAAGAAAACCCUAACAAUGCCUUCAUUAACCACACAGAACCGUCGAGUCCUUCAUUGGCCCAAGCCUCCGUUGUGACGUAG